CGAACGGGUUUUGAAGAAUGCAGCCUUCUGGGAGAUUUUAAUCCCAUUUCCCCCCUGCUUCCCUAGGAUACUAUGAGUGCAGCAGGGCUUGGGGACAUAACCCAAAGCUGCAGAGAUGACUUGGACAGCUUCUUCCAAGAACAAAUAUGGCCCAUUAUGUUACUGCAAUUCAUUUUGGCCAUCGUUGGGAAUGGCUUUGCGAUCUACCGCUUCUUGGCUUAUGAGCAGAAGUGGAACACAAACAUUGUCUACUCCUUCAACCUAGCUGUCAGUGACCUGCUCUACGCCUUCUCUCUGUUCCCCAUGGUACUUUAUUACUUCCCACCCAAGGACUGGACGUAUGGCCGGAUUCUCUGCACACUGGCCCGUUUCUUUUUCUUCUGCAACCUUUACGGCAGCACUUUUUUCAUUGCUUGCAUCAGCCUGAACCGCUGUGUGGCCGUUGUCCACCCCAUCUUUGCCCAUGGUCACAUGAAACUCGGCCAUGCCAAGCUCCUUAGUGGGGCAGUGUGGUUGCUGGUCGGGGCCAUCUCCGCACCUGUACUUAGUUUUUCCACCCUGAAUCACGUCUCUAAAAACACCACCAACGUAACACAGUGCCUCGGAAGUGCCUCCAGUGAGCAGCUGCCCAAAUACUGGCCUUAUAGCUUGUUCCUCUUGGCCUUUGGGUUUGGGCUGCCCUUCGUCCUUACCAGCGUCUCCUGUGGAGCCAUCAUUUACACAAUCCAGCACAAUCACCACAUCGCGACGAUGAAAAAGCGCAAAGUGAAAGCACCGGUUUCUGUGGUGGUGGUCCUGCCCUUCCAUAUCCUACAAAAUCUGAGCCUCAGCCACCGCCUGAGCAAGAGAAAGGACUGCGAAGUGCUUCUACACACAGCCUUCCAGGUAGCCAAGAUUUUGGUCCACUUUCACAUCUGCGUCCACCCAUUGGUCUACGCUGUCCAGGCCAACAGCAUGCAAAAAUAUUUCGGCAGAUGUUUUCAAUGGUGGAAAGAUGUACAAGAGGAAGAGAAUGUGGAACUGAGGCUAUGGAACCGGGCCCCUCCUCAGGGCCUCCAGGAAUAAGGCUGAUGUUAUCUUUGUUGCCGGCAGGCCUUACUGUUUACUGGCCUCUACUACAAUAUGGCAAGACUCAAUGGUAGAGCAUAAGCUUUCUAUGCAGGUUUCAUCUCCGGCAUCUACAACUACGGGGGCUAGGACAGAGU